UGUUGUGCUAGUGCUCGGUAUAGCUAUGAAGCCUGAAGCAUUGCGUGCAGUAAGAUCUGUGACCUCUUCUACACAAGAGCCCUUCAACACCUGGGACAUUCCUGGGAUGGUUCUUUGCUUCCCUAUUUUCUCGACGAUACGAAUCUCUUUUCUUGGCGCACGACUGAUCUUCCAGGCUGUAGAGUAUCAUACCCUCUUUUCGUCUGCCGCUCGUCUGCAGCCCCACCCGCCGACAGUAUCUCAGUGUCUGUUGCAUCCCUCCUCCACCGCCGCAUCUUGAAGGCACAUAUCGAACUGUCGGUAGGGUCGCCGUGGCAUCCCGCCGACUUUUGUCCACCUGAUAAGGCUUCCCAUUAUCUCCGCUGUAACUGACUCCCUCCCCCUCUUUUUCUGUCUUUAUCUCCCCGCAGAGCUCGCACAGACCGGAGCGCGUAUCAAGGUUCAGACCAGAUACGGCCA